GGUUUGUGUUUACGGCGUUUGUUGUGCCGUGUUCUGUCAAACCUGAGCGGAAUAAAAUAAGCAUUUCGAGAAAACAGGUGACUCGGCUCAUUAAGCUCCAUUCAUGAGUGCGUCCGGCUCCGUUUAGCAGUCAUGGAUGACAUGGCCUCUGUGGGGAAAAUUAGUGCCUCCUCGGAUUCAGUGUCCACCCUAAACAGUGAGGACUUUGUCCUGGUGUCCCGCCUCGGGGACGAGACCCCCUCCACUAAUAACGGCAGUGACGAUGAGAAGACGGGACUAAAGGUGAUUUCUGAGGAAGGUGUCCACUUUAAGAUUGUAGGAAACGGCAGUGAGCAGCAGUUGCAGAGGGAACUAGAGGAUGUGCUGAUGGACCCUUCGAUGGCCGAACUCUCCCCUGGACCGGAUCAUGUCGGGGGUGGAGACCAGGAUUGUCCCACUACAGCAACCCCACCGCAACCCUGCACUUUUGUACCCAAACUGAAGAUGGUGCUACCGGUUCAGGGAGCUCAAGAGGACGAAGGUUCAGCGGUGAGUCCCGGGACGCCGAUGCUGGACGAGGACAGCGUGGUGUUCAGUAAGCUGACGUAUCUGGGAUGCGCGUCUGUAAACGCCCCCCGCAGUGAAGUGGAGGCGCUGCGUAUGAUGAGCAUCCUACGUAGCCAGUGCCAGAUGCCCCUCGACGUUACACUCUCCGUGCCCGGCGUCUCUGAAGGAACAGUCAGAUUGUUGGACCCUCAAAGUGGCACUGAGAUCUCCAACUACCCCGUGUACAAGAUCCUGUUCUGUGUGCGCGGCCAUGACGGAACUCCAGAGAGCGACUGUUUCGCUUUCACCGAGAGCCAAUACAACACCGAGAUCUUCCGCAUCCACGUCUUCCGCUGUGAGAUACAAGAGGCGGUCAGCAGAAUACUCUACAGCUUCGCCACAGCUUUUCGACGAUCAGCCAACAAGUCGACCCUCUCAGCACAGGCUCCGCCUCUCACGCCAGACAGUGACGUCUUCACCUUCACUGUCAGCCUAGAGAUCAAAGAGGAUGAUGGGAAAGGAACCUUCAGUGUCGUGUCAAAGGACAAGGACAGGCAGAGCUUCAAGCUUCGCCCCGGCAUGGACAAGAAGAUCGUCGUCUAUGUCCAACAGACGUCCAAUAAAGAGCUGGCCAUCGAGAGAUGUUUCGGUCUGCUCUUAAGCCCAGGGAAGAACGUGAGGAACAGCGAUAUGCACCUGCUGGAGCUGGAGUCGAUGGGGAAGAGUUCAGACGGGAAAUCCUACAUCAUCACAGGAAGCUGGAAUCCCAACACUCCUCAGUUUCAGGCUGUCAAUGAGGAGACACCCAAAGAUAAGUUCAUGUACAUGACGACGGCAGUGGACCUGGUGAUCACCGAGGUGGAAGAGCCGGUGCGUUUCCUGUUAGAGACCCGUGUGAGAGUGUGUCCUCCCACCGACAGGCUUUUCUGGCCCUUUAGCAAGCGCAGCUACACAGAGACCUUCUACUUAAAACUGCGCCAGCUGGAGCGGAAGAGUAACACAGACACGCUGUACGAGGUGGUGAGUCUGGAGAGUGAGACUGAGAGAGAGAGAAAGAAAACCACAGCGAGUCCAGGAAUCCUGGCCUCCGCUUCACACGGCUCCAUGGUGCCCUCGCCUCCUGAAGAUGAUGAGGAGGAAGACAAUGACGAGCCGUUGCUGAGUGGUUCUGGUGACGUGUCUAAAGAGUGCGCAGAGAAAAUACUGGAGACGUGGGGAGACCUGCUGUCCAAAUGGCACUUGAACCUGGCGGUUCGACCCAAGCAGCUUCCAGCACUGGUGCGCAGUGGUGUCCCAGAAGCCCUCAGAGGGGAGGUGUGGCAGCUCCUGGCCGGCUGCCACAAUAAUGACCAUCAGGUGGAGGAGUACCGCACACUCAUUACUAAGGAGUCUCCUCAGGACAGUGCCAUCACCCGAGAUAUCAAUCGCACAUUUCCAGCACAUGACUACUUUAAGGACACGGGAGGCGACGGCCAGGACUCGCUGUACAAGAUCUGCAAGGCGUACUCUGUGUAUGAUGAAGAGAUCGGUUACUGUCAGGGCCAGUCCUUCCUGGCUGCCGUCCUGCUGCUGCAUAUGCCGGAGGAGCAGGCGUUCAGCGUUUUGGUGAAGAUCAUGUUCGACUAUGGUCUCAGGGAACUUUUUAAACAGAAUUUUGAAGAUCUGCACUGCAAGUUCUUUCAGCUGGAGAGACUCAUGCAGGAAUACAUUCCAGACCUGUACUCUCAUUUCUUAAGCAUCGGCUUGGAAGCACACAUGUACGCCUCCCAGUGGUUCCUCACCCUUUUUACAGCGAAAUUUCCUCUCUACAUGGUCUUUCACAUCAUCGACCUGCUGCUGUGUGAGGGUAUCAGUGUCAUAUUUAAUGUUGCCCUGGCAUUGUUGAAGACAUCGAGGGACGACCUGCUGCAGUCCGACUUUGAAGGAGCUCUGAAGUUCUUCCGUGUACCCGUGCCCAAACGGUACCGCUCCGAAGAGAAUGCCAAGAAACUCAUGGAGCUGGCAUGUAGCAUGAAGAUCAGUCAGAAGAAGCUGAAGAAGUAUGAGAAGGAGUACCACACCAUGCGGGAGCAGCAGGAGCAGCAGGAGGCUCCUAUAGAACGAUAUGAGAGGGAGAACCGACGUCUACAGGAAGCAAACAUGCGUCUGGAACAGGAGAACGACGAUCUAGCACACGAGCUGGUCAGCAGUAAGAUCUCACUAAGGAAAGAUCUGGACAUUGCAGAGGAGAAAGCUGAUGCUCUGAACAAAGAGCUGCUCAUUACCAAACAGAAGCUGAUCGACUCAGAGGACGAGAAAAGAAGGCUGGAGGAGGAAGCUGCACAGCUGAAGGAGAUGUGUCGACGAGAGCUGGACAAAUCAGAGUCUGAGAUCAGAAAGAACGGCUCCAUCAUUGGAGAAUACAAACAGAUCUGCUCCCAGCUAAGCGAGCGACUCGAAAAACAACAGACAGCCAACAAGGGAGAACUAGAGAAGAUCCGGAUGAAGGUGGAGGGCUGUGAGAAGUGCAGCAGUCUCUUCAGUAAGGAGGGUCGGCUGAAGGUGGGAGGUGUUGGUAAGGAGCUGGCUGAGGACGAGGCCGAUGAGGAGAAGGAGGCUCUGCAGGUUCAGCUGAGAGAGAUGGAGCUCGAACUCGCCCAGACCAAACUGCAGCUGGUGGAAGCAGAGUGUAAAAUACAGGAUCUGGAUCAUCAUUUGGCUCUGGCACUCAACGAGGUUCAGGCAGCCAAAAAGACCUGGUUCAACCGAACACUAAGCUCCAUCAAGACAGUGACGGGGGCACAGGGCAAGGAGACCACCUAAUCUUCUUUCUUUAUCUAUCAUCUAUCCAUAUCUCUCUGUCUGAUCUCUACUGGCCGGUGCGUUGACCCUCCACUGUGCCAAAACGAACCACGUGUUUUUUUCGUUUUGUAAAAAAGAACUUUGGGUGGAAACUUCGCCCAAACGAACUGACUAUACUAAAGCAAAGAAGGCUGUAGCGCUAGGCUUUAUACUACUGAAGAGUAGCAGUGAGGACCAGGAGGGGCUCUGUCGCUACCUGACCUGUCUGCUGCACGCACAGGACAAUACACCACAAUACAGCUACUGUUUUACUCACGACUACUGCACAAAAACUCACACACACACUUCAGUUACGCCCAUGUACCAUAAACUCUCAGUCCUCUGUUAGUGAGAAAAGACUUUCUAAUUUCUGUUUGUUUUGUUUGUAUAGAUGCCAAUGAGCUUAGCAGAUUGAUUAGUUGAGCUAUAUUCUAUAUUUGUGUGUGUGUGUGUGUGUGUGUGUGUGUGUGUGUUAAAGCAAUACUCACAUUUUUUAGCUUAAUCUUUAUCUACCACAUCUGGCACAUAUAAAAACCACAGAUGGCAGAAAAUCCAUCGACCAAUCAGCUCACUUAUAAUGGACGUUUAAGAGCGGGUGUAACUCUCACACCCACUCCACACAUGCUUACCAGAGUUUAAAUCCACUGCUUUGUUAUAGCAAUUAUUCUCCAUUCAGGAGUCGCCACAGUGGAUCUGGUCUGCAAACCAGACUUGGCACAGUUUGGCCCCUCCUGACGCAACCCUCAUGUUUCUAUCUGGGCUUGGGAUCAGCACUGAGAGCACACUAGCAAGUGCAUGUCCCAAAAGCUAGGCUGUUUUAGACCUCCUUCCUCUUUCCAGACAUUAGACAAUCAUGUCAAAGCAGACACCCGUCUGGACGAUAGCACAGCUGAGAUUGGAAACCUGGAUCCUCAGAUCUCAGCAGUAGUGGGCUUCAAAUAGCAAAAAACUGCACAGCAAGCGCUGCAUAAGUGAUUGUUUUGUAAAUAAUGACAUUAACAGAUGACACUGAGAAUCAUUAAGAGUAAUAGAAGAAGAAUGAAGAGGAAGAAUGCAUUUAUUUGUCAUAUAUACUCUUUCCACAUAUCUCAGCUUGUUUUGGAAGCAGGGGUCAGAGCGCAGGGUCAGAGUGCAGGAUCAGUCAUUGUACGGCACCCCUGGAGCAGACAGGGUUAAGGGCCUUGUUCAAGGCUGCAUAGCAGAGCCUGGAUUCGAACUGACAAUCUUCCGAUUGAUAGCUUAAAGCGCUAUCCACUGUGGCUACCACUGUAAUAGAGCACUUACAACAUUUCACUAUUAUUUCAUUUUAUUUUAUGAGUUGACUAAUCAUAAACACAUGAGAAAAGUCUGAAAAAAGCAAAAUCAAGCAAUAUAUAAAGUUGUUAGGUGAUAUUGCGCUGCAGUAGAGUCAUCUAAGAUGUGUCUCCAGCUUUCAGGCUGCUGCAUAUGUUAGACUGUUAGAUAUGUUAGAUAGAAUGUUGUACCAAAGCUAAGUUAUCUUUAUAUCAUCUAUUAACACUGGGGUGCUACAGCUUCUGAUUCUGUUCUAUUCAUGUACAGUUAGAUCCAUAAAGCUUAACCACAUGUUUCUGCCUCUGAAGAGAUGAACCGUGGUGCAUGGGCAACGGUAGAUCAGCGGUUUAGGUACUGGACUAGUAAUCAGAAGGUUGCCGGUUCAAGCUUCACCACCGCCAAGCUGCCACUGUUGGGCUUCUGAGCAAGGCCCUUAACCCUCAAUCACUUAAACUAGUGACAUUUUGACAUUUUAGGCAUUUAGCACAUGCCUUUAACCAAAGUGACUUACAGUUAUCACUGAAUACAUUGCAAGCAAUUGAGGGAUAAGGGCCUUGCUCAGGGUGGAGUGGUGGAGCUUGGCAGUGGUAAGGCUUGAACUGGCAACUUUAUGAUUUCUAGUCCAGUACCUAAACCACUGAGCUACCAUUAAUCCUAAAAUUAAAUUCAGUAAUAAUUCUAAGUAAUAAAGUGUCUCCUAAACACAGCAAAUGUAAAUAAACAUUACAGAAUUAAAGUUUUUGGUAACAUACAUCUUUAAUAGAAUGAAUAAUAAAUAUUAAUAAAUAAUUAUCGAAAUGCUUAGCAGUUUGUUUCUGUGGUUCUCACGGGUGGUAAAGAUGUGGUGGAUGAAGGUUCGGCUGAAUUACUGUGACGUAUUUCUUUUAAGGAACUUGGUGCCGUUGACUGAAAGUGACAGUCUGGUGAAGAUACGUUCUGUGUUAGUCUUAAAGGAGGGAGACCUUUAUAAACAAAGCACAUUUGUACAAAUGAAAGAAGGAGAUAAACAAUGAGCUGAAGGACUUACAGGCUCUGGCUCCUCCUACGUUAAAAAAAACACUCCGUACAUCAAUGCAAGGAAAGAUAAUCGCACAUUAAACUACUACAAGAUCAAGCUUCAGUUUUCUCAUUGUACACACUAGUGUGAAUAGAUCACGAGUCACACACACUGCAAACCGCAUCAGUUGUAGUUUAUCUGGUCUGUUAGUGCAGGUUGGAGGAAGAACUGCACACUUAUUCAUCAUGAGUUCAUCUAGUCUUACAUGACACUAGUGAACCUCCACUUAAUGCACUUAUUCUGUAACCACAGUCUAAUCUACAGCUGUGUCCGACCUACUCUUGGUCACAAUUUGUAUGCGUGAGCGAGUGUGUGUGUGUGAACUGUGUGAGAAACACUCUGUAGGUUUUUAGGUUUUUGCACCUUUUCAGACAUAUUUAUAAGGGUCGUGGGCUCGCUUGGGUUCUGUUUAUUUCAGAGAAAAGCCCUUAAACCUGAGAGAGACCGGGGGUCGUUCCACGAGGCACUGGCUUGUACAUAAGAAGCGUAUAUGUUUUUGUUUGUUAAUUUUGUAUUUUUAUUCUAUGAUAACUUUACUAAUGUUGCUUAAUUUUACUGUAUAAAUGAGCUGUUUUCUUUUUCUUUUGUUCUUUUGCUUUGUUGUGUCUUAAACGUCAGACUAGACUACUGUCUCAUGUUACAUGCCAAAAUGUACCCCUACCCCAGCAUUACAUAUGUAGGAACAUGCUAAUAGUGUAGCUGCAUUGUGUAAACUUUCAUCAGUUUCAAUAUAAAGAUCCCAUACAAAUGAA